CCUGCCCCACAGCCAGGCCGCCGCCGCCGCCAACUAACGCCUCCUCCCUUGCCACCACCAACCCCCACGGCGGCCGGCCUCGCCCGAUAAGACGCCGGCCCGCCUCCCGCCUUCCCCUUCCGCUCCCACCUGCCCCCGCGUGCCACGACCAGCCACCUCCUGCCGCAGCGAUGCCGUCCUCGUCCCUCUUGCUCCUCCACUCCUGCACGGCCCCGCUUCAGACCCGCCCCUUCCGGAUGCACUCCUGGGCAGCUCCGAGCAGGGUCGUCGUCUGCUCCGCCGCGUCCGCCGAGGGGUUCAUCUCCGCGGCGCCGAUCCUUCUCCCAGAGGGUCCCUGGAAGCAGGUGGAAGGUGGCGUUACUGCCGCGAAGGGGUUCAAGGCGGCGGGCAUCUACGGUGGGCUGCGCGCCAAGGGCGAGAAGCCCGACUUGGCACUGGUCGCCUGCGACGUCGACGCCACCGUAGCAGGAGCUUUUACUACAAAUGUAGUUGCUGCCGCACCUGUUUUGUAUUGUAAGAACGUCCUCAGUACAUCGAAAACAGGUCGUGCUGUGUUAAUUAAUGCUGGACAAGCAAAUGCUGCAACUGGUGAUCUUGGCUAUCAGGAUGCAGUUGAUAGUGCAGAUGCUGUUGCCAAGCUUCUCAAUGUGAGCGCAGAUGACAUACUGAUUCAGUCUACUGGUGUCAUUGGUCAAAGAAUAAAGAAGGAGGCACUUUUAAAUUCACUGCCUAGACUUGUGGGCUCUCUAUCUUCUUCAGUUCAGGGUGCGAAUUCUGCUGCUGUGGCCAUUACAACUACAGACCUUGUUAGCAAGAGCAUUGCUGUCCAGACUGAGAUUGGAGGAGUGGCUAUCAGAAUAGGAGGAAUGGCUAAAGGUUCUGGAAUGAUUCACCCAAAUAUGGCAACUAUGCUCGGUGUUUUAACCACUGAUGCUCAAGUCAGCAGUGACGUCUGGAGAGAAAUGGUCCGAACGUCAGUUAGUAGAAGUUUCAACCAAAUUACAGUGGAUGGUGAUACAAGUACCAAUGACUGUGUUAUUGCUAUGGCAAGUGGGUUAUCUGGUUUAUCUGGAAUUCUCAGUCUUGACAGCACUGAGGCCAAACAGUUCCAAGCGUGCCUAGAUGCAGUAAUGCAAGGUCUUGCGAAAUCCAUUGCAUGGGAUGGUGAGGGUGCAACAUGCUUAAUUGAGGUUACUGUAAGUGGUGCCAACAAUGAGGCAGAAGCUGCUAAAAUUGCUCGUUCAGUAGCAUCUUCUUCUCUGGUUAAAGCCGCUGUGUUUGGAAGAGAUCCGAAUUGGGGACGUAUUGCUUGCUCAGUUGGCUAUUCAGGCAUUCAGUUUGAUGCAAAUCAACUUGAUAUUUCUCUGGGAGCUAUUCCACUAAUGAAAAAUGGUCAACCACUACCCUUUGACAGAUCUGCUGCUAGCAAGUAUCUCAAAGAUGCUGGAGAUGUCCAUGGUACAGUGAACAUUGAUAUAUCAGUUGGAAGUGGAGGAGGAAAUGGAAAGGCAUGGGGCUGUGAUCUGAGCUACAAAUAUGUUGAAAUAAAUGCUGAAUAUACAACGUGAGGUUUGUAUUUUCCGGGAAGAAAAAUGUCUUCAUUGGUUGGAAUGAUGAAUCUUUCGGUGCAACCACCAUCUGGAGAAUGUAUAUUGUAUUGCAACGGCCAGCCUUUUUCUUACCAAGAUGUUGCGCAUGUACUAUUCCUUCCCGUGAGAUCGAUCAAAUCAAUGUCUCGUAAGUGUAAUAAUGCGAUGAAUAAUGGUGGGCACAGUAACUGUGAUGACACCACCUUUCCCGUGAGAUCGAUCAAAUCAA